AAUUGAAGAAAAAGGACUGGAACCGCUAAAGGAUAUUAUAGAAAAAAUAGGAGGAUGGCCAAUGGCAAUGAGUAAAAAGGCCUGGAGCAAAAAAGAAGUACCGUGGCAGAAAGUGGCUCAAUAUUAUGCCAGUAUUGUUGGCAGCUAUAGUUUAUUUACAAUUGGUAUCCAACCAGAUGCUGCAAAUUCCAACGUUCAGAUCAUCUCGAUUGAUCAACCGAGUGAUUCGCUGAUUGAAAAGCGAUCGUUGGGUGAAAAGGAGAAUGGUAUUCGUUUGAGAAAAUAUUAUGAUACUGAAUAUGAUGAAAACGAUGAUAGUGAUGAAGAUGAUGGAGAUGGUUUGGGAUAUGCUGCUCUUAUUAUAAAUGUUGCUUCUUCUUAUGCAUCAGUUACUGGAGAAACUCCUGCUAAUGUCAUCCUUGAUACAAUCAGAUUGCUGCAAUUUGUAGGAGCUUUAGACGAGGAUGCUAAGAUGUUGCUUCAAUCUUUAAGAAAACCCUGUAAUUGA